ACGUGAUCCGGAGCAACUCUCUAAGCUUGCGGAAGCCGCUCAGCGGUCCCGGGCACCGGGAUGGUGCGUUUGUACAACCUGCACCCGUUUGGGUCGCAGCAGGUUGUCCCCUGUCAGCGGGAGCCCGAGCAGUUCUGCUGCGGCGGGAGCGACGCGCUGUUCGUGGCUUCCGGCUGCAAGGUGGAGGCGUUUGCUGUUCAGGGCGCAGAGCUAUGCCGGCAGCGAUGCACCUUCUCCACGCUAGGCAGGGUUCUGCGCAUGGCCUACAGCGAAGCCGGAGACUAUCUGGUAGCCAUUGAAGAGAAAAACAAAACUGUAUUCCUGCGUGCUUACGUGAAUUGGAGGAGUAAGAGGAGCGACAACUCUCGUGUGUGCAUUCGAAUGGUUGGGCACAAAGUGGAGGCAUCCUUCUGUGAAAGCUUUAGAGACCAGAUGUCUAUAAUUGAAAUGCCAAUGUCCGAGGCCCCUUUGUGCAUUUCAUGUUGUCCUGUGAAAGGAGAUCUACUUGUUGGAUGUACAAAGAAGUUAGUCUUAUUUACUUUGAAGUAUGAUGUCGUUAAUGAGGAAUUCUCAAUGUUGAACUUUGAACGUUCAUUAAUUAUACACAUAAAUAAUAUCACUCCUGUUGAAAUCUCUUUUUGUGUUGGAUAUGUUGCUGUCAUGGCUGAUUUAGAAGUCUUACUCCUAAAACUGGAGUCAGACCCUAUACAUGGAGAGGGAGUUAACCACCACCCACAAGAAAGCAUCAACCCAUUGGAACAGACAGAAGAUGUCAGUAAUGAAACUUCACAGCUUGAGUCAGAGGAUUUUGUUAUCUGCCUAAAACCUUUGGAACUUUUUGGUGAAAAAUGUAAACAGUCUGGAAUAUCUGUUAAGCUGGAGUCCACAGGAUUAGAAGAUGAAAAAGUAAAAUAUUUACAUGUUCAGCAUCUGCUGUAUAGACGGUUUGCUCCAGAUAUUUCAUUCUAUGGCUUGUCUGAUAACAUCAAGUUACAUUCCCUUCAACUGCUGCCCAUUCACCAAACUGGUUUUCAUCCUGAUGAAAAAGAUUUGUCUCAGAAAAAAGAGGUGCCAAGUCUCUUCUGUUUCUUCUCAUUACCCCAUGCGGGCUACCUGUACAUGGUGGUGAAGUCUGUUAAGUUAAUGUCAGUCUAUUGGUAUCCUGAGAAGUCUCAGCAAGCUGUGCUCACACCACAAUUCUUGCAUGUCAUCACAAGCCAAAGCCUGCAGUGUUUCACGGUACGAUGCAGCGCAGCGGUGGCUCAUGAGGAGGACCUAUACAUGGACACUACACUAAAGGCCUGCCCACCUGUCAGUAUGGACGUCUGUGCUCUAAGGAUACAGCUCUUCAUAGGUUUGAAAGCCAUCUGUCAUUUUAAAAACCACAUCAUACUUCUGACGAAGGCAGAGCCUGAGGACAUUCCAGAGAGACUCGAGUCACCCAAGAGACUUCUUUCUAGAAAAGAUGCCAGUGUUAAGAGCAGGAUCCCUCACGUAGCUGAGGCUGGAUGGAAUCUGUAUAUCGUGAAUACCACUGCACCGGUUCAGCUAUACAAAGAAAUGGUAGACUACAGUAACAGCUACAAGACUGUGAAAACCGAGAGCUGUCUCCACUUGCUCAGCGAGGCUCAUCUGCUAGUGAGAGCUGCCCUGAUGGAUGUCAGUCAGCUAGAGCCUGCAGAGACAGCAGAGCUCCUGGAAGCUUUCAAAGAAAGCUGCGGGCACCUUGGAGACUGUUACAGCAGGCUUAACACCGAGCAAGCCCAUCUCGCCUUGCCAUACUAUAAGAUGUCUGGUUUGUCUCUGGCUGAAGUCUUGGCUCGUGUGGAAUGGACAGAAGGGAAUGAAUCACAGAAAUAUGAGAGAGGAUUAAUAUUUUAUAUUAAUCAUUCUCUUUAUGAGAACCUGGAUGAAGAAUUAAGUGAAGAAUUAGCCGGAAAAGUGGCUCAGAUAUUUCAUGUGGCUGAGCCAAAGCAACUGCCUCAUGUUCUCUCCAGUCCGUCUAUGAAGAAUAUUGAUCCUUUAAUUGCCUUGCAGUACUUAAGGAAGCUGGAUACCUGUGGGGCUUCACCAGUCUUAGUGACCUUGACCAAGGCUGCAGUGGCCUUGAAAAUGGGAAAUCUUGACAUGUACAGGAAUGAAAUGAAAAGCCAUUCAGAGAUGCAGCUGGUGUAUGGCUUCAUUCUGGAACCUCGGCUGUUAAUUCAACAGUGGAAAGGACAGAUUGUUCCUACUGAACUUGCAAUUGACUUGAAGGAAACUCAGCCUGGAUUGCUUGUGGCUUCAGUCCUGGGCUUACAGAAGAAUGGUAAAGUUGGAAUCGAAGAAGCAGAUUCUUUCUUUAAGGUGCUGUGUGGAAAGGAUGAAGACACAGUUCCGCAGCUUUUGGUAGACUUCUGGGAAGCUCAGCUCGUAGCGUGUCUCCCAGAUGUGGUUCUUGAGGAACUCUUUUUCAAGCUCAUAUCUCAGUACGUCUGGAGGUUAUCUAAGAGGCACUGUCCUGAUACCUUACCAUUGAGAACAGCAGAGGAUUUGAUAAACGCCUGCAGUCAUUAUGGCCUUGUAUAUCCGUGGGUUCAUGUCUUAAUGACGUCUGAUUCCUUAGCUGAUAAAAAUUACACAGAAGACCUUUUGAAACUACAGUCUCUCAUAUGUAGCCCUUCAUUGGACAUAGUUUCCGUUAUUCCAUAUCUGGAGCCACUCUCAGAAGACACUGUUGCUGGCCUCAGCGCUCGUGUUCUAUGUCAUACACGCUUACAAGAGUAUGAAAAGUGCAUAGACACAUUGCUAGAGAGAUGCCCAGAGGCGGUCAUUGCAUAUGCUAACCGGGAACUGAAGGAAGACCACUGGAUUCUGUGGUGGAAAAAGCUACUGCCUGAACUCUGUCACAGAGUCAAGUGUGGAGGAGAAAGAUACCCCCUUCACCUGUCAUUGCUGAAAGGUAAAAUAAUUUUUUCUAUUUUGGAUGACUGAACUUUACUUGCAAUU